AUUUAAUAAACUUUGCAUUGUACGUGUCAUCUGGGCGGUUUUUUUUUUGUUAGAACAGUAGUUGUGAGCAGAUCAAUCACUCUGUCCUAAGUACACCUCGGGAGAUUCGUGGUGUUGUGAAAUAUUAGGAAUCCACCUCGACUUCUCGAAAUGAGCAUCAUAGCCAAGCGCCGUUUCACUUUGACGAAGAGAAGAACAUCCACUGUCGAACUUCUUCAGAACAGGCGCCGCUCGUCAGUCUGCGAGCUGGAGGAACUGAGAGUCAAUCUUCGACGUUCAUUCCACAACAGAGAAGGUGUCAUCAGCGAAUCCAGUGAAAGCGAAGAAGACGAUCAGACUGCGGAACUGAUAUCAAAUUUAUUGCUUACCCCCUACGACCAACUCAUGCGAGCCAUCAGCCGGGGCAGCUUUCCAGAAAUUGCCAUGUCGGUUCAAAACAUCUUAGACAACCAUGAACCUAUUCUGAACAAUGAAAAAAUGGAUCUGUAUCUGGAAACCAUCAAAACCAGAAAUGUCCCUGUCAUUAAAGAAGUCAUGUCCGCCAUUAGACCAUGUGCUCUUUUCCCAAAGCACUAUAAAUACAAACUCAUGUCUGAAUCUUUGAGAGCUCGUCAUCGGGGCGUUGUUGAUGUCGUCUGUAAACAUCUGUACCCGCGGUUUAAAUUAUCAAAGAAAGACACAGUUCAAAUUGUUAAAGAAGCGAUGGAUUUAAAUGAUAUGACAAUUUUCCUAUCGGUGUGUGCGCCUUUAAAAAACAAAAGACUUGUUGAGAGACACCAGGCAUUUGAUCUGCUCCUUCAGUCUAUCCAAACAAAGAAUUCUGCAAUGGUAGUCCAAAUCUUGCGCGUCAUAAGACCAAAGAAAGCGUUGAUUUCGCAACAAAAAUCGCAUCUUCUGAUUUCCUCAAUUGGAACUCGCAACUCCGAAAUAGUUCAAAUUCUACUCAGGUUGUAUAACAAAAUACCCAAGGCUGAGAUUGAAAAAUAUUUGCAUCACGCCAUGGAUUCAACACCAGCCAUUUUCCUGCAUUUGAUCCACGAACUGCGGCCAACAAUUGCUGACGAAACUUUAGAGGAUCUAUUAACGGCUGCAUACAACACACAUGGAAACAGUGCUGUUACUUGGCAUAUCAUUCAACAUUUCCCUCCGCCUGCUCAUCUCACAAAACGGUUCCUGAAUAUUUUCAUAAAAGCCGAAGAUAGUGUCUUAAUAUCCGUCCUCCUUAAACAUGUCUCAACACUGACAAAUGAAGACGUCCAGAGAAUUGUUCUUUUGUCGUUGCAGACUUGGACAAAUUUGUUCAGAUUCUUCAGCGGAACACAUGACUGUCCCAGUGAAACAGUUAUUGAAAUUAUGGAAGAGCAUCUCGUACAAGUCAAGAGAGAUCAUUUAACCUCGAUUUACCCACGUGUUAAUCUUUCAGACGACAUUUCAGCAUCCGAGACCCUUGUCCAGAUAAUCAGUUCUUUACAAUAUUCAGUAUCAAAAAUCUGGGAAAGACUCUACCAUACCUUUGCACAAUCUGAAAACAUACAUGGUAUAACACUUCUAAAUCACUUCCCUGCAGAAAAUCAAGAAAAUAUUGUUCUGCGCGUGCUUGAAGAUCUUUCCCGCCACACGUCAAAUACUGACGUAGUUGAUGCCAUGCUUGCCUCAGUUGUCAAUCCUACAAAUACAUUUUUUGCGCAACUAGGCAAGUACUCAAAACUAAGAAACUGUGAAGAAACAUCACACGAGAUAAUUCAGAAUUAUUUACUAAAAUUCGAACGUCGGCCCACACAACUGGAAUCCGAAGUUUGACAAACACACUUGUGUUACUGUAUUGAGACAUUAGUAUGAUUUUCAACUUGAUAGACAAUGCAAGCUAUGAACAAUGUACAGAACAGAAAACUGUCAGAUAUUUCAUUGCUGAAAAAAUACAUAUGUCUCUGAUAAAGUAAGGUUUCUGAUACAGCACUUCCUUACUUUGACAACUCUGAUAGUGCAUGUAAAUGUACAUUUAUCAUGACGUGGACUUGUGCCGGUAUUCAGCCAGAUAUGUUAUAUCUAGAAUAUUACGAUCUAAAAUCCAUAUCGUAUGUCAUAUCAGCCGAGUGGUCCCAUAUUAGCCCGAGGGCCGAAGGCACUUUUUCAUGCUUAAAUAUUUCGUACGAAAAGGAUUCUGAUUUUUGAUGGGUUUUUGUUUUUGUUUUGUUUUUUUGGAAAUUUGAUACGGAGUCUGAAAACUGAUUUUAUGAAAUAAUAUUCUUGUUAUCCCA